AGCGCUUGAACUUCGACCUUGACCAUCGUUUUGGAGCAUCCUCAAGCUCGAGCUUUCGCCAAGAUUUAUUGUGGGCUUUCCUUUCUAAAUUCUCUUUCCUGAUCAUAUAGUUUCUCAGGGAACUCAGGAGUAAAGUCCUCGCGUAGUACAUCACCAGACUCAACUUUUCUUCUUCCAGUAGGGGAAGCAACAUCUCUCUCUUACGAGGACGCCAUUCAUCAAGUUAUGAUAUAUGAACGCUCACUUUUCUGAACGAACGGCCUUGACCUUGACAAUACGAGCUGUAUGCUUCAGAUGGAUGGGUAACCACGCACAACCACUUCUCCAACCUGCUAUCUGGUCUUAUACCCUCAUUGGUAAAAAAUUUAUCCAAAGUUGCCAUCCAUGACAAGUCUUCUCCCUUCUCCUCAAUUGCAUACCCCCUUUGUUUUCAUCCCCUUCCACGACCCGGUUCCUGGAAGAUACCAGUCUUCGCUGUUAGUGGUUGUACAUCCCAACGGAUUCCACUCCACUUUCCUGCUCGUUCAUACGCAUGAUUCUGGGCGCUAUUUGUCUCGGUGUCGCGUGGGAGAUGGUAUGGCUCUUAACGAAGGCUAGUCUCACGGUGCUCUCCAGCAACAAAAACGUUCGUCAACUUUCCGGAAGAAUGUAGUCUCAAACGGAAUUGCCUCCACCACUGAACCGAUCAGAGACAGUCCGGCACUCCCCGCCGCCACCACCAUCAGAGACCGAACGCGGGAAGCGAAUCCCUUCGCCUCCAUCACCUGCUACGAUACCUCCUAGUUCAUCUCAUUAUCCUCCCUCCACCCUCACUAGCUACCACGUCCUCCUUACCGGUGACUGUGCAGCCGACAAACUACGGACCCCUUUCUGCUCUUCAGGACUUUCCCGCUCGCCGCUGGGAGUGACUGAGGCUGCAAGGAUACGUUCAGGCACUCGUUCAUGAUUUCUUCGUACCGAGAUCUAAAAGCGACCAGGGAUGUUAUCGAGGAAGCUCAUGAGACGUAGACCUGUUCAUUCAAAUGUCGUUCGAGAUUUCCUCCAGGGGCCCGACUUGGCACCCGGAAAGCAUUUCAAACCCAUUACCUCCUCGAACGACCUUGUCGGCCCAAUAUCCGAACUCUAGCCUCCGCUGCCUGUACAUAGAUCUUGCGGCAUCUCAUCGCGGGCGUCUAUCUCUCUGUCAACUCUCUUCUUUUCGCUGCCUAUGAUGGAAAUGCCUUGUGCGAAACUCGUAGGAUCCGAUAUGCGAUAGGCGCGAGACUUUUUAUAUUCGAUGAUGUGCACAAGAACCCGUAGAAAGUGCGGAAAGGGGGUGUGGGAGAUGCAGGUAUGAAGUCCGUGGUUGUCGAUUUUGGAUUGUUGGUGGGGUUUGGAAAAGGCUGUUGAGCCAAUGGCGACCUCGAGUGGAUGGACGAGAGGUUCGUGUUCGCCAACGACUUUGGUGGUGGAAGUUUUGCUGCUCGUAGAGAUCGGAUGAUGAAGUCUUGACCUGCGUCUGUUCUCGACAAUACAAACACCUGGGGAAAAUCCGACCGAAAAGAAGGGUUAACAGUUGGGUAUGUAUAUGAGGAAUGAUUAAUGACCCCGAAUGACUCCGAAAUCGACGAUGUACCCGACCUGGUGAUAUGUAAACGUCGUCUUCCUCGGCUCUCUCGGAGUCUACGGCCUCUCACCCGAACCGAACAUUUCGCCAGGCAUUCUGCAAGUUCUCUUUUACCAAGGAAUAAGUUCGAUUGAGCGAAAAGUCGAAAGUAAAGUCGAAAUUGAAAGCAACCGCCACGUAGUAACCCCACCUCGCUUACUUACCAAGGGUCGGCCUGCAGGGCCGGCCACGAAUACAAAACCAGCCACGAAAUAGAAGUUUUGUUCUUCUAACCACCUACUACCAUGGGUGUCGCGUACUUGUUUUUUGCCCUCCUAUGUCUCUCUGCUGAUGUCGAGCCUGCUUCCGUCAAGGCGAAUGGAGUCGGUGAUCCUUUCGCGCUCGUGGCGAAUCGAUACAUUCUUGAACUAGACCCAAGUUCCGCAAAUGAUGCUAAGCGGGGCUACGCUGCUGUACACCAACAAUUAUACCAGGGUCUCGAGUCGCGGGAUGUGACGCACAAUGUCAACAAGGAAUUUAACCAUACUCAUUUUGUCGGCGUCUCAGUCACAUUAAAGAGUUCUGAUGAUGUUUCCAAAUUGAGUACCAUUCCUGGCGUGAAAGCGAUACGUCAAGCCCGCAGGUUCUCCGGCCCUCGCCCUGUGUCUGCUCGUGGCCUCUCAAGUGAAAAGAACUGGAAUUCUAUACCCGUCUCACAAUCAAGUCAUGUCCUUACUGGCGUAGACAAGCUUCAUGCUCAAGGCGUUACUGGUGAAGGAAUUAAGAUCGCGAUUAUUGACACAGGUGUCGAUUACACCCAUCCUGCUCUGGGAGGUGGCUUUGGACCUGGCUUCAAAAUAGUCGGAGGAUACGAUUUUGUCGGAGACAACUACAGGCCCGGCAAAAGUGAUCCAGUUCCGGACCCGGAUCCCUUGGAUCAAUGCCUUGGACACGGUACUCAUGUCGCGGGAAUAAUCGGAGCCAACCCCGGAACCAAUCCCUUCAAUAUCAGCGGGGUUGCUUAUUCGGCUUCACUCUCGGCUUAUCGCGUCUUUGGGUGUCACGGUGGUCAAACUGAAGAUGAAGUGAUUAUCGACGCUAUGUUGAGAGCAGUGGAGGAUGGGCAUGACAUCAUAACAUUGUCAAUUGGCACAGCCGGCGAGUGGCCAGGGUCAACUUCUUCAGUCGUUGCGGGCAGGAUCGCAGAAUCUGGAAUGGUCGUCACAGCAGCAGCUGGAAAUGAUGGGGCGUCGGGCCCUUGGUACGCCUCUGCUCCUGGAAACGGAAAUGGUGUCAUUUCCGUGGCCAGUGUGGAUACCACGUUUUUCCCCGUACUGACCGCAACGGUCAAAGGCGCAACCCAUGAUCCAAUACCAUACUACGCAGUGUCCCCAUUGUCGCCAGUAAGCACGCCGUUCCCUGUUUAUGCUACUUCGAAUGAUACCACGGCGGUGGAUGAUGCCUGUAAUCCACUUCCGGACUCCACUCCUGACCUGUCAUCAUUCGUGGUGCUUGUACGCAAAGGCACAUGCCCUGUUAUGCAACAGAUGACUAAUAUUGCGGCCAAGGGAGGAAAUUUAACUUUGGUUUACAACAACGUUCCGGGUCUUGAAGAACUUAAUGUUAGUAGGAACUUCAAGGCCGCAUUAAUUAUAGCUGAAGACGGAGAGUUCCUUGUCCGGCAACUCGCUGCGGGCGUGCCGGUGGCGAUAUCUUUCGAUGGAGACCUGGUGCAGUUCCAGGACCCAGCAGGAGGACUUGUUUCCUCAUUCUCGAGCUUUGGCCCCACAGAGGACAUGUAUUUCAAACCGUCCGUCGGUGCACCUGGGGGCAAUAUCCUUUCCUCGGUGCCCGAAUCGUGGGGUCUAUAUUUACUUGCAUCUGGGACAAGUAUGGCGACUCCCUUUGCUGCAGGAAGUGCCGCCUUGCUGCUCCAAGCGACAGGGAAAUCAUACGAGGUUGCGCGCAACAUUCGAACCCUCUUUCAAACGACCGCUGUUGCCGUCCCUUCGAACCACACGGAGGGCGCUGUGUUGCAAACGGUCACUCAGCAAGGGGCAGGGCUUAUCAACGUGUUCAACGCAGCGCAUACUACAACAUUCGUGUCGCCCGGUGAACUCCUUCUAAAUGAUACGGUAAAUUUCCAGGCAGUACAAAACUUUACGGUCUUCAAUAAGGCGUCUUCACCACAGACGUACCAGAUUUCCCACAAACCUGCUGGAACAGCUGCCACCGUGACCCCAGGAACAAUCUUUACCGCUGUUGGACCCGUGCCCCUUUCAAACGACUUCGCCAGUCUUGUCCUCAGUGUUACGACAUUUAUGUUGCAAGCCGGCGAGAGUAAGACCAUUACAGCUAACUUUACACCUUUACGCGUGGACCCUGACGCGUUCCCUGUGUACUCUGGGUUCAUCCAAAUCUCGUCCGACGCCGAAGAUCAGGCUCCGCUUCAUGUGCCGUAUUUGGGACUCGCAGCUUCUCUCAGGGACAAACAAGUCGUCGAUGACACUGACGUGGUUCUUGGAAUCAAAGUGCCUGCCAUUCUCAAUGCCACCGGUGAUGUUCAGAAAGUCACAACAAAUUAUACGUUCGAAGAAGAGGACUUUCCGUCGGUUCUUCUACGACUUGUCUUCGGAACGGCCAAGCUUCGAUUUGAUUUAGUCAAUGAUAAUAUUGAGAUAAAUACAACCCUCAACAAGCAGGUUUCCUUUGAAGAAGCUGAAUCAACCUUCGAGUUCCUCGGCGAACGACCUGGAGGAACCUUCGGGGAUGUGCCCAUUGUUGGCUCCCUGGAUGAGUUUAACUACCUCGCUCGUAAUAGUCUCGAGGAAGACGGAGAUCCUUUCUAUCAGUUCAAUAUCACUACACCGACAUUCGCCAAUGGGAUGGCUAUUCCUAAUGGCACCUAUAAGAUCCUUCUCAGAGCUUUGAGAGUUACUGGAGACCCUGCGAAUGAGUCGGAUUAUGAGAGUUGGCUGAGUCCGAUUGUGGGCGUGACUGUUCCUUGA